AUGGGCGACCACAGAGAAGCUGGACAUGGCAACUACGCUCAGGAUGAAAUCGCUCCGGCUGAUGAGUCUACGUUCCUCCUUCCCAAGGAGGUCGGAGAUGUCAAAAGCAAGAUUCUCAGUACCAACUUUGCCGCAUUGAUGGCCGGGCUGAACGUCGGAUGGGUCGACCAUGAAGAUGCUGCAUUGGGCCCUCUGAUCCCGUACAUACAACCAACUUAUGAGGUUGGUCUUCUGCAGGUGUCCAUCAUCUACCUAGUCAACUUUGUGGGUUGGGUUGUCGCCUCAUUCGCCAAUAUUCAUGUCUGUUCUCAUAUAGGAACGGGCGGUACACUGGUCCUGGGAGCAACCAUUCAGUGUCUCGGCUAUGCCUUGAUGUUCUGGAGUCCGCCUUUCCCCCUCUUCGUGGCAGCAUUCUUCUUCACUGGUUGCGGCGUAGCUUUCCAAGAUGCCCAGAUGAACAUGUUCACUAUAACUGUCAAGGACGCCCAUCGGUGGCUGGGCAUUUUGCAUGCCGUGUAUGGCGUCGGAACCAUCCUCGCUCCAUUGAUCGCCAAUACGAUUGCCUCGAGAAUGCCAGUCUGGCACCACUACUACCUUGUGACCAUGUUGCUCGGCGUACUAAACAUCACAUCUCUGGUCUGGACCUUCAGAAAGGGGCUCUUCCGUCCGAAUGUGAGCAAUGCGAAGGAGACGGCCGGCAAGGAGCUUCGAGAAACAGUGUCAAACAAGACUGUGUGGAUAUUCAACGGCUUCUUCUUUUUGUACGUUGGCGCGGAGGUGACUGCUGGAGGUUGGCUUGUGCAGUUCCUUGUUUCGGUGAGAAAUGGCGACCCUACCAAAGUAGGAUAUAUUGCGUCCGGCUUCUGGACCGGCUUUACCUUGGGCCGUGUUGUUUUAGCGGAUAUCACGCAUCGCUUGGGUGAACGGCGCAUGGUGUUCGCUUAUACCGCGUUGGCUGUGGCGAUGCAGCUUUUGUUCUGGCUAGUCCCAGACAUCACUAUCAAUGCAGUCACAGUGUGUUUCCUGGGUUUCUUUAUCGGUCCUUUCUACCCAGUUGGACUUUACGUCCUCACCACGGUCAUCCCAAAGGAGCUUCACGUGGGAGCAAUGGGAUUCACUGCCAGUCUUGGACAGGCCGGAUCCGCUGCUUUCCCUUUCCUGACGGGAGCGGUGGCCUCCCAGGCCGGCGUCCAGGUUUUGCAGCCCAUCAUGCUAGGGCUGCUCAUUGGGAUUGCCUUUUUCUGGUGCUUGGUCCCUAGACAGAGACCAAUCACGCUUUGA